AGCACUCAUUUAUUUCAGGGUUUCCUCGGGAUCAAACAGGACCAGCACCGUAACUUGCCGGCGGCAGCUGCAGCGUGUGCGGGGUGGAGGCGACUGGGGGCUGCUGUGGCCAUGCGUGGCAGGGGCUAGGAGGCUGCACUUGCUGAUGCCUGCCGGGGUUCUCUAUUUUCUUCGGCCAGGGGCAGGGAGGCGCAGGGCGCUCUCGCCAGCUCUAGACGUCGCCGCUGCCCUCUGUAAACCUAAGAAGCUGCAGCUCAAGUGUGACGUCUCCUUUUCAUCCAAGCGCCAUGUUCUGGGCCCAUUACAUCUCUGCUGCAGAUUUAAAUGGCGUGUCAGUUAUUUCGGUGCCAGAUAGGGGAGUGCCCGUCGGUGCCCCGGACCCGGGGCCUCUCGGCUCCCGCGACCCAACUGCAGCCAAGGACCCAGCCGGAGCGCCGGGGAGCGGAGGGGACCAGACCCAACCAAGGCAUGGGGGUGGAGCCUCGCGGGCGGCCGACGUCGCUCGCGCUCUGCCGCGCCUCGGGGGUGGGGCCACGUCGGGGGCGGGGCCGGCGCGCGCGGGAAGCGCCGGCGGGGAGGCCGGCCGGCCCCUCUGCGUGAGCCGCGCGUUAUGGCCCUUUCGGUGCCUGGCUACUCGCCCAAUUUCAAGAAGCCCCCCGAGACUUUGCGGCUCCGACGAAAACGGGUCCGGAGCCGCGGGGCGGCCGCCUCACCCGGGGAGCAGCCCGAGCCGGCGCCGCGCCGCGCCGCUCUGGCGGCCGGGCUGCUCCUCCGCCCCUUCCCGGCGGCGGCGGCGGCGGGCAGAGGCGGCGGCGGCCCGGCCGCGACCCGCAGGAACCCGUUCGCCCGCCUGGACAACCGGCCGCCGGCCGCCGCGGAGCCCCCCGACGGGCAGCCCCGCGGCCCGCAGGAGGCGGAGGGCCCGUUUUUAGAUUCUAAUCAGGAAAAUGAUUUGCUCUGGGAAGAGAAGUUUCCUGAAAGAACAACCGUUGCCGAAUUACUCCAGACUCCGCAAGUAUCGUUCUCCGAAUCUGAUACUCCAUCCUCAGAAAGUACCGAGUUACCUGUGGACUGGAGUAUUAAAACUCGACUCCUUUUCACCUCUUCUCAACCCUUUACCUGGGCAGAUCAUUUGAAAGCCCAGGAAGAAGCUCAGGGUGUCAUCCAACAUUGUAGGGGAACAGAAGUUACUUUGCCUCAAAGUAUACAGGAUCCCAAAGUCUCCACUGAGCUCCGUUGUGCCUUCCAGCAGAGUCUUAUCUAUUGGCUUCACCCUGCCUUUCCUUGGCUACCGCUGUUCCCUCGCAUCGGAGCUGAUAGAAAAAUGGCUGGAAAGAUAAGCCCUUGGGCAAAUGAUGAAACCUUGCAACACGUUCUAAUGAGUGACUGGUCUGUGAGCUUCACUUCUCUUUAUAAUCUGCUGAAGACAAAACUUUGUCCAUAUUUCUACGUUUGUACAUACCAGUUUACCAUCCUGUUCCGCGCAGCAGGAUUAGCAGGAAAUGAUGUCAUCACAGCUCUCAUAUCUCCUACAACUAGAGGCAUAAGAGAAGCUAUGAAAAAUGAAGGUAUUGAAUUUUCUCUGCCGUUAAUAAAAGAAAAUGGCCAUGAGAAGAAGGCACCUGGGACCAGCCUGGGACAGGGAGAGGAACAAGUAAUCAGUGACGAGGAUGAAGAUGAAAGUUUUUCCUGGCUGGAAGAGAUGGGUGUGCAAGAUAAAAUUAAAAAACCAGAUGUGCUCUCUAUCAAGCUAUGUAAAGAGAAACAUGAAGUGCAAAUGGACCACAGACCGGAGUCCGUUGUGUUGGUGAAGGGAACGAAUACCCUGACGCUGCUGAAUUUUUUGAUCAAUUCUAAGAGUUUAAUUGCCAGCUCAGGUCCACAGGCAGGACUUCCACCAACCCUCUUAUCGCCUGUAGCUUUCCGAGGUGCCACGAUGCAAAUGCUUAAGGCACGAAGUGUCAAUGUGAAGACACAAGCUCUUUCUGGAUACAAAGACCAGUUUAGUUUGGAGAUCACAGGUCCCGUCAUGCCUCACUGUCUGCAUUCUGUAACCAUGCUACUCCAGUCUGCACAAAAGGGGUCAUUUUCUGCUGGACUGUAUACACAUGAGCCAACUGCUGUAUUUAACGCCUGCCCGUCAGUGAAGGAAGGACCGGGUAAGGAGACUGUUCUUGAGGAGCUCGCUAACUGUGGGUUGCAUCGUAAGACUCUGGACCAACUUAGUCGAACACCAAUACUGGGAAAAUCAUCUUUACGACAUGUGGAAAUGAGUGACUACGUUUAUAAUUGGAGAUCCUGAACAUCAAACUUUGUAAAUUCUAUGCUGGGGAGCAGGCAUGCCAAUGACGUGUGACUAGACAUUAAGUUCAACCAGGUGCUCUGAUGGAAGGAGGCAGCUGUGGAGGUAAAAACAUACCCCUGGUUCAGUUCCUUAUUUGGUGCAGGCCAUGCAGUGUUGAUGUAUAAAGAGAAAAGUUAGCUGAUGCUUGGGUAUCGACUGCCUUGUUGCUACACACCUAGAAUGACUUUUACUUACUUCCAGGUUCAUCCGCCCCUCUUUUCCAGGAAACACUCCUAAAAAAAAGGGCAACUGUGCAGAGUAUAAUGCAAAUCCCCAAAAAACCCAGGCUUCCAACUCAGUUUCCAUUCUCUACUAUCUUCAUGUUUCUUUACCCCAGUGUGUACACAGUUCACCAAAAAGCUGCUUAAUCUAAUGAAACUGUAAGAGCAAACAAUACCCAUCGGGUCUUGUUCCAACCACUCAAUUCCAAAAAAGAAAGGUUCUUUUAAGUCAGUUACCAGUUAAAAAUGUUUUACUGACAAACAGUAAUAAUGGUAAACUUUUCAUUCUUUUUCAUCUAAGAAUAUACUGUAACAAACUAAAAAGAAUAUGGAGAAUGUUGUCAUUCUGUGGAGUUUUUAACAAAAAAGAGGGUGCUGGGCAAUAGCAAGGCAAGAAAACCUGUAUGAUCAUUGAAAAAGUUUUCUAAAUGCAAUAAAGAGACAUUUUGUGGUA